AUGUCCCACUGCCCCGUGUCCUCCCGCCCUUGUCCUCUUGCCCCAUGUCCCCCUGCCCCAUGUCCCCCUGGCCUGGGUCCUCCUGCCUUGUGUCCCCCUGGCCCGUGUACCCCUGCCCUGUGUCCUCUUGCCCUGGGUUCUUCUGCCCCAUGUCCUCCUGCCUCAUGUCCUCCUGCCCCAUGUUCCUCUACUCCAU